CCAUCUCAUACCACCUGAUUCUGAUCACUGUGCAACUCUCAUCGCUAUAAAAAUCACCUCCAUCACCGUUGGGGUCGCACACAUCACACAAGUCUCAUUCUGUAUGAUUGGCUGAGGUGAAUGAAGAUAUUUUAAGGGAGCUUGUGUCAGCGGAGAUGUUGGCAGGUGCGUUAGUUCUGGGCACCAUCCUUACAGCUUUACCAGGUAUCCAGAGCAGGUGGAGUGUGUCAUUUUCUAGAAGAGAGAUCUGUGUGUGGGCAGGAACAACUGUCACUCUGCCCUGCCGUUAUGACUACCCAUCAGGCCACACUGUGAAGCGGGUCAUGUGGUUCCGUGUGUCUGCAGAGGGACGCAGGGAGUUCACCCACCACACUGACCCGAACCAGAUCAGCCUGUCAUACCGCGGACGCACACGCUACAUUGGGGGCAGCUAUUCCAGCUGUUCAGUCCAGAUUCGGGGUGUCAAACUGAGUGAUGCAGGCCAGUACCACUUCAGAUUUGAGACAGACCAACCACUGGGGAGAUGGACCUCUCCUGACACCAUCACACUUGAUGUAACAGAUCUCCAGGUCCAGGUGCAUCCAGCCAGGCCAGCCAACAUGUUUGGAUUUGGAGAGACAGUGUUUGUAAGCUGCCAGGCCAGAGGAUGUGCUGCUCCAGGAAGAAGCCUUGCUCUGUACAGGAACGGACUAAACCUUGGAUCCUAUGAGAAAUGGAUGAUUAUCAACCGCUUUGACCUACAGCAUGUUGGAGAGUACACCUGUCGGCCAAUCCCACCACAGAAUGUACAGUCACCAUCUCUUUCUCUGGCGCUGGGACACGGCCCUCGCUCCACCUCCAUAUCAGUCUUUCCUGUGGGGGAGGUGUCAGAGGGGGGAUCGGUCACUCUGACCUGCAGCAGUGAGGCGGCUCCGCCUGUAGAAAGCUUUGCAUGGUUCAAAGACAUGGAGAGUGGCAGCAUCCCAGACAGUUUUAGGCCUCAACUCCACCUGUCCCACCUCAAAUACACAGACAGAGGAGAGUACUUCUGUGUAGCGCGCAACUCACUGGGAACAGACCGCUCCAAACCACUACAACUCAAUGUGACAUACUCUCCAAAAACCACACGUGUGCUGGUGAGCCCCCCUGGUGACAUCAGAGAAGGGUCAUAUGUAAACCUCAGCUGUGUCAGCCACGCCCACCCUCCAACCAGCAGAUAUGCUUGGUAUCGUAUCCGAGGUGACCAGGUGUUGUCUAAAGGAACCAUCCAGAACCUGACGUUUCCAUCAGUGCAGGCUCAACACGCUGGUCAGUACUACUGCACAGCAUGGAACCGACUAGGAUACCAAACCUCACGCACCGCAACACUCACUGUGCUGUACCCUCCCAAGAACACUUCAGUUCUGGCUCGUCCCUCCAGUGUGGUGGAUGCUGGCCGACCUUUGACCUUGACGUGCAGCAGUCAGGCCAACCCAGCAGUAGACAACUUCACAUGGCACCACUUAGCUAUGGACGGGGGCUCUAUUCAAUCGUGGGGUACCAGGUCCAUUCCUGUCUUCACGUUCUCUGAGGUCAGUCCUGGAGAGAGCGGUCAGUACUACUGUGAGGCCAGGAAUCGAAUCGGAGUCCACAGCUCUCCUGUCCUCACUGUACGAGUCAGAGGUCGUCUAAAGGUCAUUGCUUUGGCAUCAGCAGUAGGCGUGUCUGCUGGGCUCAUCACUCUGACUGUGGCCAUUAUGAUCAGUAAGAAUAUGCACAGAGUGGACAUGGAGUCAGUAGAAGUAGCCAACAAGCGUCCGUCAGUGACAGCUGACACCAUGUUCUAUGAGUCAGCCCAGCAGACCUUCCCAGUGAGAAAGGUCAAGAUGUCCGACAUACUAGAAGAGCCUGAGGACUUGAGUGACAGCUCCCACCCAGCCAUCGUUCCUCUUAAGGAAGCUCCACCAAUCACAGAAGUUGAAAAUCACAGUCCCGCCCCCAACUACAUCACUGUCCACUACUCCAGGUUGUCCAGUGCAGACCAGGUGCAGGUCCACAACCUGCCAGUGGGUGGUGAUAAAAAACCAAAGGAUUCUUCCAAAGUUGUUUACACUUUACUGCCCCAGCCUCGCCACUGACCUGGAGGAAACAGCCCUUCAGCAUGUGAAUCAGUCACUUUGCUCCUAUCCUCCUAUCAGGAUUGUGGGACAGGACCCAAGUCUGAGUGAACUCUGGAGAUGCCUUACGCUGUUCUGGGUCGGACAUGUUGUUAUAGAUUGUCCACGGAUCAGCAGACCGUAAAGGCAACAUGUGGUCCUGCUGCUGAACUGUUUUGCAUGUCUUUCCCUUUUUUCUAUGCAUCUCACUACAGUUUGCUGUCUGAUUAAGUCAUAUAAAGAAAAAAUGAAAAAAGUAACAUCAGCACUGAUAGUCAUUUUGCUUGCAUCUCUAUCCACUGUACAAAUUAUGUCUACUGUUGCUUUUUUGGAUGAUACUUGACUCCUACUUUCCAAUUAUGUAUGUGUAGAUGAUACAAUAUGACGGGUUGCUACACUGUUGCUAUACUGAUGAUCAUUUGUAUUCAAAGUUAACUGUCUCCCAUAAAAAUGACAGUACACUAAAAGACAUAUUAGUGGGGAAAACAUGUAGAGCAUUAUUUGGCAUCUAUACAGAAUAUGAAAUAUUUCACACAUAUCAAUCUCCCCACUGUAUUCAACAGUCUUCUACUGUGCAGUACAUAGUCAAUGGGCUUUUUUUGAUGGCUAAUACUGCAGCAUUAGUGUGUUAUAGCUUGCUUCCAUUAAAUUAGUCUUUUCAUUUUUAUGUAGAGUAAGCUAAGUCAGCAAUAAUGCCAGUUUGUUGUUGUAGUUUGUUAAACUGCUGAAAAAAUAGCAUCUCAUAGCUUGAAUACCUGUUGCAAGUUUUAUAGUUCACAAACAAUCACCAGUUUUGACAGAUUAAGGUAGAAAGUAUCAGUAGAAAGGUUAAAGAGAUACAGUAAAGUAAUUUGGAUGAAUUUAAUUUUAAAAAUUAUUUUUCAAUCAACCGAACAUAUGCCAAACUAACUUAAUAGCUUUCACAUCAGAUAAGGUGACUUAAAGGUGUUGGUAUGCUGGGGAUGUCAAAUAAGACAAGAAGUUCUGACAGUAUAUGUUUGGCUAUUUAGCAAGUGUUGCUAACAUGUUUUAAUAUGUUUGCAAUAAAGACAUUUUUUUUCCUGUAUUAAAUCCAUAGCACACUACUAAUUCGAAUAUUAAAUCAAAAAUGUUCUCUUUCUACUGCUUCCCUUU